GCACGCCCAUCAUCCUGUAAGAACGGAGCACUUGUGGAAGUAGGCGGAGUCGCGCAUGCCGGGUCUGUGGUGGCGGCGGCCAUAUUGUCUUCCUGACAGCGGCUGAAGGAGAGAGUGAGGCCAUGAAACUUGCUACGGGUGCCCGGUUCCUCUCUAGGAGGCUUUACUCUGCAAAAGCUGCUCCAAAACCCGAAGCAAGCGGACGGGCACGUCUUGACCCGGAGGAGCUACAGAUCACAAAGUUGCCAAAUGGACUGGUGAUUGCAUCUUUAGAAAAUUACUCCCCCUCAUCCAAGAUUGGCGUGUUUGUAAGGGCAGGGAGCAGAUAUGAAAAUGCCGGUAAUCUAGGCGUUAACCACGUUCUCCGUCUUGCAUCCAGCUUGACAACCAAGGGUGCAUCGGCAUUUAAAAUAACCCGUGGAAUUGAAGCUGUUGGUGGCGGCUUAAGUGUGACCUCCACAAGGGAAAAUAUUGUGUAUUCGGUAGAAUGUCUGCGGGAUUAUGUAGACACUGUAAUGGAAUACCUCAUCAAUGUUACCACUGCCCCAGAAUUCAGGAGAUGGGAGGUAUCUGAUGUUCAGUCAAAAGUAAAACAUGAUAAGGCCCUUGCCUAUCAAAACCCACAAGUUGGAGUUCUAGAAAAUCUUCAUGCAGCAGCUUAUAAAAAUGCCCUUGCCAACUCCUUGUACUGUCCUGACUACAGGGUUGGAAAAGUUACAUCAGAUGAGUUGCAGCAGUUUGUACAGAACCAUUUUACAAGCUCAAGGAUGGCACUGGUUGGAUUAGGCGUCAGUCACUCUGUCCUUAAACAAGUGGGAGAGCAGUUCCUGAAUAUAAGGAGCGGAUCAGGUUCUGCCGGUGUGAAAGCACAGUAUCGUGGAGCUGAAAUCCGAGAACAAAAUGGAGACAGCCUUGUUCACACUGCUGUUGUUGCCGAAGGAGCUUCUACAGGUAGUCCUGAAGCAAAUGCAUUUGGUGCGCUUCAGCACAUUCUAGGAGCUGGGCCCUUCAUCAAAAGAGGAAGCAAUACUAGCAGCAAACUGUUUCAAGCUGUGAACAAGGCAACCAAUCAGCCCUUUGACGUCUCUGCUUUCAAUGCCAGCUACUCGGAUUCUGGUCUUUUUGGCAUUUACACGGUCUCUCAGGCAGCAGCAGCAAGUGAGGUUAUCAAUGCUGCUCUUAACCAAGUGAAGGCAGUGGCUCAAGGCAAUGUCACAGAAGCUGAUGUUACUAGGGCAAAGAACCAACUGAAAUCCCAGUACCUGAUGACUCUGGAGAGUUCCUGUGGUCUGAUUGGUGAAAUUGGCUCCCAGGCAUUGGCAUCUGGAACAUAUAUAACCCCAACUGAAACCAUCCAGCAGAUCGAUUCUGUGACCAGCGCAGAUGUUGUCAGUGCCGCAAAGAAGUUUGCUUCUGGAAAGAAAUCUAUGGCGGCUACUGGAAAUUUGGAGAAUACUCCUUUUGUUUCUGACUUGUGAUUAUGAUUUAUACCGCUGACGCUCUGCAUGAAGGGUGUACGCUUGGUCCAUUGUGGAAAAGGUCUGGUUUAUGUCAUCAAUUCUCUGUUAAUCGCUUAUAUGUAUAUUUAUCACUUGCAGACACCAGAGAAUGGAAGCAGGAUAAGGUCACUGAAAAAAAGAUUUAUCCUGCUUAAUGACUAGCCUAAAGUCAUGGACCUCAGAUAUUCGAUUAAAGAAGUAUUUCUAUCAA